GCCUGUGUCUUUUGGUCUCGCUGUGCCGCUCUGAAAGCUGGCUGUGUCAACCUCUCCAGCCUCCAGGUCGUGCGGAUUAGAGAUGCAUAUGCCACAUUGCAGGGCCCCCAAUCUUCUGCUCAUCCUCCUGGGCCCCACGCUGUUGGCUGUGGGCCGGGCUGCUAUGGAGAGCCAAGCACUGUAUGAACUUGAGAAAGAACCAGCUUAUUGGGAUGCUCAGGCCAGGGCAACACUGGAUGCUGCGCUGAAACUCCGCCCUCGGGAGCACCAGGCCAAGAACAUUAUCCUGUUUCUCGGCGACGGCAUGGGUGUGUCCACAGUGUCGGCAGCUCGAAUCCUGCGAGGUCAGAUGGAGGGCGGAUCAGGGGAGGAGACAAUGUUGGCCAUGGACACCUUCCCAUAUGUGGCACUGUCAAAGACCUACAGUGUGGAUAAGCAGGUAGCAGACAGCGCGAGCACAGCUACAGCCUAUCACUGCGGGGUGAAGGCCAACGCUAAGACAGUGGGGCUCAGUGCCAAUGCAGUGGCCUACGAGUGUAACACCACCUUUGGUAACGAGGUCUACUCAGUACUAAGGCGUGCUAGAGCACAAGGUAAAUCAGUUGGUGUAGUGACCACCACCCGUGUCCAGCAUGCCUCCCCGGCCGCUGCUUAUGCCCACUCUGUCAGCCGCAGUUGGUACAGUGAUGCAGAUCUUCCUCCCAGCGCCCGCAAGCAGGGCUGCGUCGACAUUGCAACCCAACUGGUCACCAAUGUCGACAUUGAUGUGAUUCUGGGAGGAGGGAGGAUGUACAUGACACCAAAAGGCACCCCAGACCCCGAGUACCCAACCUCCAACUCUCGCAAGGGGGACCGCAGAGACAAGAAGAACCUCAUUGACGUGUGGCUAAAGGCUAAACCUAACAAGAAGUCACACUAUGUCUGGCACAGGAAGGACUUUGAUGAGAUAAAUGUUAAAGCUACUGACCGGCUCAUGGGUCUGUUUGAGCCAAAGGACAUGCGAUUUGAGGUUUUCCGUAACCACACACGAGACCCCUCCAUUGUUGAGAUGACAGAGAAAGCCAUACAAAUCCUCAGCAAGAAUCCAAAAGGAUACUUCCUGUUUGUAGAAGGAGGUAGAAUCGAUCAUGGCCACCAUGACGGCAUUGCCAAACUGGCACUGACAGAAGCUGUAAUGUUUGACCAAGCCAUUCAGCGUGCUGCACAGCUAACCAAAGAAUCUGAUACUCUCACUGUGGUCACUGCUGAUCACUCCCAUGUCUUCACCUUCGGUGGUAACACUCCGCGAGGGAAUCCCAUCUUUGGUCUGGCACCAAAGAAAGCCGAUGACAAAAUGCCUUUCACCAGCAUCCUUUACGCCAACGGUCCGGGUUAUGUCCAUAUAAAUGGAACCAGAGGGAACAUCACAAUGGUGGAUUAUUACGACGAGGAGUACAUGCAGCAGGCUGCCGUCCCGUUGGAUGCUGAGACGCAUGGCGGGGAAGAUGUGGCCAUCUACGCCAAAGGCCCAAUGGCUCACCUGUUUCACGGUGUGAAAGAGCAGAAUUAUGUGGCACACGUCAUGGCCUAUGCUGCCUGCUUAGAGCCCUACACAGACUGCCCUCCUCACCCCCACAGUCACACCUCAAGCGGGUGUGUGAACACAACAUCGAGCCUCCUGUUUGGCCUGCUUAGCCUCCUCUGGUUACUCAGAUGACCCCCAUAACACAUACACACAACACACACGCAAAAUACAUUGUAUGCAUGCAGCAAUAGAGACACUUAAUGCACUAAACAUUCAUAAUGUAUAUGCACACACAUUCACUGUAUGCACACAGGCUGGCAUGUCAGAACGCAGGGAUUAACAUGCAUUACAGCAUGUGUUAACAGAAAUAUAACCUCAUACGUCCUGAUCACGCAGUGUGCUUUCACAUGAGAUUUCACCCUAGAGAGCAUACAAAAUUCAGGCUUAAACAAGCAUGUAGUGGCACCUUUUAAAAUACAAACUAACAGUAAGGCAUUGCAGCCAAGAACGUAGACACAUAUGCAUUACAUUAUUUCACAUGCAUGCGGCCGUUUAAGAAAAACUCUGUGCAACUGCUGCCAUUGCAUUUUCAUCACAAGGACUAUUUCAAACCUGUAUUUAACGCAUGAAUACUAACUUGCACAAACUAGUUCUUUCAUUAGUUAGUAAGAUUUUUUGUCCUCUUCUUGUUUUCCAAAGUUAAAUACAAACUUUCCAAGCCUGCUUCUCGCUCAGAGCAAUCAAACAUUUGCAAGAGGCUUUAAUUCACGAUUUACACAUUAAUCUUAGGUUUCACCCAGCAGAACUUCACACAAGCAAGCGUGCUGAGGGCUCACUGUUCAGCUUGUGGACAUUUAGACAAGACACACAGCUGCUGAUGUAGGUGAUCGUCAUUGUCCAGAUGGAAUAAAUGACUAUAUGACGGUAGCAGAAACCUGAACUAUGAGCCACUGUGCCAUGCCAAAGCUGCGACACCAACACACCUUACACUCAUAAACUCAUAGAA